GUUUGUCACCUCACUGGUUGAUGAAUCAAAUGAACUGCGUUGUGAUCAAGCUCAGAUGUUCGUGUCAACACUGAACGAAUAAAGCAACACUAAUUGUAUUUACAUAAUGUAAUUGGGCAGUAAGUAGAUCGCGAAUAAAUUCAUGCGUUACAUUUAAUAGACAUUCGAGAAACAUGGGUAACGCUGGAACUUCUGGACAACGCGAACGGCCUAAGCAUGGCGAGGUAGUGCCAUCUUCACCUUUUAAAGAUGAGAAUCAAGCAUUUACCUUCGAAAAACCAGAGCAUAAGCUGGUCCUCCAGAGCUCACAGGACGACGAGGAGCCACCAACAAUUACUAAGCCAUCGUCACGUGAACCACCUCAUGAGAUUAUCAGACCCAGAGCAAAUACAAUUUCUGAAGGUACACAGAUAAAUACCAGCAACAAAACACCCACGAUGUUCCGCUGGGAGGGCGGCGGAAAUGAAGUGUUUAUCUGUGGGACAUUCACUGAAUGGAAAACCAUACCAAUGGUAAAGAGUCAUGGCAACUUUAUGACAAUUAUAGAUCUGCCCGAAGGAGAGCAUCAGUUCAAGUACUAUGUUGAUGGGGAGUGGAAGAAUGAUGCAGCAACCAAAGUCAUAGAAGAUGACAUUGGAGAAAAGAACAAUCUGAUAUCUGUGAGGAAGUCUGUUGAAGUGUUUCAAGCUUUGGAUAAAGACAGUGAGAAUUCCGGAAAUGAUCUACAGAAAGAGUAUUCUCAAGAGAUUCCUGUUAGUAAGCCUUGGGAGAAAGUACCAGGGCCACCUAUAUUACCACCACAUUUGUUACAAGUUAUUCUCAAUAAAGAUACACCAUUAUCUUGUGAGCCGACACUACUCCCGGAACCCAAUCAUGUGAUGCUGAACCAUUUAUAUGCUUUGUCAAUUAAAGAUGGUGUAAUGGUUCUGAGUGCGACACACAGAUACCGAAAGAAGUAUGUUACCACGCUACUGUACAAACCGAUUGCAACAUAGAGCAUAGAAGCACAAAUCUGCUAUUUAACCUUUAAUCGAAAUCAAAGAAUUUUAUUUUUAAAUCUGUUUCUAUGGGUUUGUAAUUCAUUCAGAUUUAAACUAGGUUUUUAAGAUGUAUGGGCACCUGUAUUGGUGGAUGAUGUGAAAUAACAUGAUAAUCUAAGUCUA